UAUGACAUCACCAAUAGUCACUUUGGUGCUAUUUCUCUCACUUUCCAUACUCACGAAUGGAAGAAGACAAGAGAGGGUUUGUCUACAGUUAGAGAGCGUAGAAGAUGUAUAUGGCGAAAAUCGUGCCGAAGUACAAACUAUUCCGGGCAAAAAAGGCCCGAAAGGCGAUAAAGGAUUUCCUGGGCUCAAGGGAUCACAAGCAGAAGUCGAUUACGAUGAACUUGAAGCCUUGAUCAAUAGAAAUGUCGAAAGAGCAAUGAAAAAGCAACGAGCAGAAAUGAACGAAACAAUAAAUGAAUUGCUGGAAAGAAUAGAAGAAUUAGAAGGGCAAGAAAGCACAAACACCUUUGAAGAUGCAACAACGGCUCCUUCCGUUCCACCGACACUUUCUCCGCCUCCUGGAUUCACUGAACAAGAUAUUGUGCGCUAUGACGAAAGAAUAUUCAUACCGUUGGAUGAAUAUGGUUUUAAAGCAUCAGCGAUCGCCAAAUGUCAACAGCUCGGUGGUGAACUUGCAAAUAUAUACAACCAGAUUCACAUGGACAAGAUAAUUACAUUCAUUCGUGACAACAAGUUGGACGGGAAAUCAUAUAAAGCCUUUCAUCUCGGCAUGACAUACGACCCUAUUGAUCAGAUUCUUCGUCUCCAAAACGGAACUGUGACAUCACACAGUGGUUUCAAAUGGUACCCUGACUCUCCAUUCGAUGGGCAGAGUUAUUCUGGUUUCACAAACAUGAUUAUCGGGAUUCAUGAAGAUUCAACAAGCCGAUAUCAAUACAUUCUCAACCACCCAGAUUAUUCCCGAUACGUCCUGUGUGAAGUUUAAACUUUCAUGCAACUGUUAUAGCAAACUGUCAGGGUAAAUUCAGGUGGUGGUAAAUAUUUUGUUAUUAGUGAUAAAACUAUUUAUAACUUAUGAACAUGUGUCAUGAAUAUGACUGAUUAUUUUCACCGGCAUAUGAGCCACUUUUGAAAAUAUUCAGAUAUAUUUAUUUUUACAAUUGAAGUGUGGUGUCACACCUGAAAAUUAGGGGGGUAGGGAAAUCACUGUAUAUUCCACCAACCCUACGAAUUGUAACAAGUCGUACGCACCUAUCACAGCAAAUAAUUGCAAAAGAGAAAUAAUUAAAUGAUAACAAUUAUUGCUAGGUUUUACUUUUCUUAGUUAAACGGUAAGAAGUGUCUCAAAAUCCUUCAAAUUCAUCUUAGUGCGAUCAGAGUUAUGCGUGCAUAAGCCCACCGAUUAGUUUGGCAAUUUUCUUUUUUUUUCAAUUUUUUAUUGCCGCUUUAGUUACGAAGUAAAUUACAUAUUUAUUUAUGAUAGAAUGUAUAUAUUUAUCCCAGGGGAGGGAAAAGCCGAUAACACGGCAUAUAUGGCAAACCACGGCCUCUCGUACGGUUACCAGUCCAUGUCGAGUAUGGGAUUAUUUAGCUAGCUAUUUGUUUUCAUGUGCAUGGGCGGUUGCGUGAACCCCCUUCGGUGCCGAGGAUUCCAGAAAUCCUCUUCACUAUAAUCAUUCCCCACAUUAUUCUAACUGCGAAACCAGAGGGGGUAAUCAGAGGUGCGGUGGCGAACGUAUUCCUAACGUUAGCACGAUGCGCCACAUCCCCGAACUGAAAAAGAAAAGUCUUUGAUUUAGCAACCAUGUUCAUUUAUAAAUCUACUGCAAACAAUAUUCCCCGCUGAAUUUACAGUUUGAUUACCAAUUAUUCUUUUUCUUAGAUGUGCUCAAGAAAUUUCAUUAUUUUUACCUUUUUGUUCAUAAUAUGUGAUAAAUACAGGGUGUCAAUAAAGUCCCUUCACAAUUUCAAUUUGAUAUAAACUCAGUUUU